AUGACCUAUAUUAUGUCUUUGUUCUUAUUGGGGUUAGUACUGGGUUUAGUGGCUGUUGCUUCUAAUCCUUCUCCAUAUUUUGCUGCUUUGGGGUUGGUUGUUGUAGCAGGUAUGGGGUGUGGUGUUUUAGUUGGCCAUGGAGGUCCUUUUUUAUCAUUAGUUUUAUUUUUAAUCUAUUUGGGGGGAAUACUAGUUGUAUUUGCAUAUUCAGCAGCUUUAGCUGCUGAACCUUUCCCGGAGGGGUGAGGGAGUCGGCCUGUUGUGGCUUACAUAGUCCUGUAUAUGUUUGGGGUGUGUUUAAUUUCCAGUGCGGUAUGAGGGGGGUGGUAUGAAGCAUCUUGGGUGCCGGCUGAUGAGUUUGGGGAGUUUUCCAUGUUUCGGGGGGAUAUUGGAGGGGUGGCCAUAAUGUACUCAUCGGGGGGAGGAAUACUAGUAAUUAGUGCGUGGGUGUUGUUGCUUACGCUGUUUGUUGUUUUAGAGUUAACGCGUGGGUUGGGCCGAGGGACGCUUCGGGCGGUUUAA